UUUUAUUCUUCUGUUGUUUGUUUCUCUUCGUCAUUUUCUCAUUUUCAAGACUUUGGUGUCUCUGCUCUUUUGUCACUGCACUUUCAAAGACCAACCGGUGUAGUUCACAGCCGUUCUACAGCUUUAGUCUGGUUAAGCCCUGUAACUCACACAAAAAUUAUGUUUUAGGUUCAUUGCUAACCUCUGUUGUAUUUAAGCACCUGCUAAGAUUUUGCAUAAUACUUGUAAAUGAAAGGGCUGAGAUAGCCUUGUUGUUUCUCUGUUGUCACCAUGGGGCGCCUGCUGUUGGCAAGAGCAGCUUCAACAUCAUGCAGCGGUGUGCAAUUUAGUGAUUAAUGUUGAAACAGGAAAUCUCCUGUUUUUCACCUGCUCAGUCACUUGGAAUUUUAAUGCUCACUUACUCCCGAGGCUUGUUUCCUUUUGUCACCCAUUACCUGACAUAGCCCUUCCUCUGUCACACAUUUGUACCUUUUUCAUCCUUUCCUCCCGAGGCUCUGUGAGACACUUUAUCCCAAAAACCUUGCUGUAGAGCUGCGGUGUCGAGCUUUGAUUAAAGCUGGAAGCCGUGCACCACUAUCUCACACAUUAGGCAGAAAGACACAGGAGGGCCAGAUUGGUGAGUUCAAAGAGAGAGAGGAGGAUUUAGUGUGGGGCGCCUGGCUUUGUGUGUGUGUAAGUGUGUGUGUGUGUGUCCCGUUGUCCCACUGUGGCUCAGUUGUGCCGCACACUUUCAGCUGAGUCCAAACAGCCUCACUGAGAGUCUCCCUGCCUUACAUAACUCAUGAGGACAAACUCACAUGCACUUAUGCCCAGAGGGGGAUCAGAUGCAGGUUAUGGAAAAUAUGAAAAAUGUAUUUUAUUGAACAGUAAAACCUAUAUCCACAUUUUCACCGUGUUUCUACUCAAUUUAUCAUUUCUCCCUUUAUUUCAAAUAGUCACAUGAAAACCAUUCAGACAGUAAUUCCAGGAGCAGUGUGACUGUGACCGUAUCUCACUUGGAGCGUACCUCACAAGCCCCCCCCCCACCUCUAUCUCUCUCUCCUGCUGGAGCGCUAAUGACUACUGAUUCAGUUAGCAACGGUGACCGCGUACACACACACACACACAAACACACGUACACACACUCUGGCGCGCAGUGUUUGGCGGAGCGACAGACCCUUUUCUGCCAGAGGACCACAUAGUGCAGAGGAGGCUGUCGGUUUAUUGAUCUUCAAACUCAGCUCCAGAGGAGGAAUGAGGGACAGGGAGACGGAGUCAAGCCCAGGAGGAAUGCUACUGUUUGGAGGGGAACAUAGCUUCAUCUGACCUCAAGACUAAUGGGACCUGUAGUGUUAGCUCUGUAGUGAAACUUGUGAACUUGGGCCAACGCUUGUUCAGGAUGUCAAUGGAACGGAGGGCGUUGCUGGAACAGAAGCAGCGGAGGAGGCGUCAAGAACCUCUGAUGGUCCAACCCAACACAGAGGCCCGGCCCCGUCGCUCCAGGACACGACGCGGUGAGGAGCAGGCCCCGCUGGUGGAGUCUCAACUCAGCAUCAUCAAUGAUGUCAUCAUGGAUGGUAUUGACGGCCCAGCCGCCUUCAUGGGCUCAGAAGCCCCUGAUCUAGGGAUGAAAAUCCAAAUCCUGUCGGUGAGCCAGUCCCAGCCCCAGCCCCAGUCCCAGUCCCAGUCCCAGCCCCAGCUCCAGUCCCAGUCUCAGUUUCAGCUUCAGUCUCAGCCACAGUCCCCUCCUGCUGAGGAGCCUGAGAGAGAUGGAGACACUGAGUCGUUGCUAGAGCCCAAAACAGAUAUCCAUGAGCUACUGCAGAAACAAGGUCUGUCUGGCAGUAUGAACUUCGAUGAAGCCAGCGAGCACGAGGACGAUGCAGAGGAAGAGCGGACUCGUUCUUUGUCCCCUCACACAGACACCACCAGGCCUGCCUCUGCUGCCAGUGGCAAGGAUGCUUCAGAGGUCGUAACCCCAGGAUCACCCACAGCAGAGAGCUCACUAAUUGAUGUCGCCAAUCUGGAGGAGUUUGUCCUGCGUCCAGCUCCACGUGGCGUCACCGUUAAAUGUCGAAUCACUCGGGACAAGAAGGGUAUGGACCGCGGCCUCUACCCCACCUACUUCAUGCACAUGGAGAGGGAGGAUGGCAAGAGGGUAUUUCUGCUGGCAGGAAGGAAGAGGAAGAAGAGCAAGACGUCCAACUACCUUAUCUCAGUAGAUGCCACUGAUCUGUCACGAGAGGGAGAGAGCUUCAUCGGUAAACUGAGGUCCAACCUCAUGGGCACCAAAUUCACGGUGUACGACAACGGCACCAACCCCUGCAAAAACCCCGGGGCUCUGCUGGAGGAGAGCAACACACGACAGGAACUGGCUGCCAUCUGCUAUGAAACCAACGUGCUGGGAUUCAAAGGACCACGUAAAAUGACUGUAAUCAUCCCCGGCAUGAACAUGAAUUUUGAAAGAGUCCCUGUAAGACCUCAAAAUGAGCAGGAGAGCCUCCUCAGCAGGUGGCAGAAUCACUCACUGGACAACCUGAUAGAGCUGCACAACAAGGCCCCUGUGUGGAAUGAUGACACCCAGUCUUAUGUGCUCAACUUCCACGGCCGGGUCACUCAAGCUUCAGUCAAAAACUUUCAAAUAGUUCACGACAACGACCCGGACUACAUUGUCAUGCAGUUCGGCAGAGUGGCUGAAGACAUCUUCACUCUGGACUACAACUAUCCCAUGUGCGCUCUUCAAGCCUUUGCCAUCGGCUUGUCGAGCUUUGACAGCAAGUUGGCCUGUGAAUGAGCCGCCGGUUUUACUUCCACGCCCACACCUUCUUCCUGCCUAUCCUCAAAUCUCUUCUCACGAGAUUAUGACAGCAACACUGCUUACAGCAUCAGAAAUCUGUCCACACUGAUGAAAAUAAACACCUAUGAGACUGAGAUAAGGACGUGCGUCAGAGGUGCUCUGUUGGCAGAUCCAACAACUCUCUUGGUUCCUUUCUUUUUUAAAUGCAAUUUUACCAUCACUUCAAUAUGAGUUCUAAUAUAUAUAUAUGUAUGUACGCAUGUAUACAAACUAAAAGGGAAAAAACAAAUCAAAACACAUGGAUCUCAUCUGUGACAGAGAGGUGCUCUUCUUAGACACCCAGUGCAGAAAGAUCUGAUGUUAAAUGUACGGCCCUGUAUAAAGAUAUGUGAUCUGUGUAUUAAUCUUGUAUUUUCUGUUGCUUCGGUUGCCUUUAAAUGUCAUUUCAGUCAGUGUUUUUGGCCACUAAUGGGGCAUAUCUGUAAGAAUUCUAAUGUCCGCUGAGAUAUCACUACAAAGCAUAAACCAUUUUGAAUUUCACAACAAUAAGGCCUUUCCUCUGGCGCCACCCGCUGGCCAAACGUUAGAUUAUUGUUUUUUUGUCCUGUCGUGUAAUGAGCCUUGCAGUCUCGCCACUAGUGCGGCUACAGAACUUUUAAUCUUGUUUACAUCUUCGCAUGUGACUGUAUGAUUUAAUCUGCCAUCUACUAAUUUUGACAUCUUUCUUUAUUAUCAUGUUGUCCUCCAUCUUUUUUAUUCUCAUGUGGAAGGUGCAUUAUACAGAACUGAGCUGUCUUAUGGUUUUUGUGUUUUUUUGUGAUUAAGUGUAAUUUUUAUCUUGUGGCUGUGAUUUUUCUUUGUCUUAAAGAUAAGUUGGAUUACCAUGAAAAAGAAAACAAAUGCAGGAAUUGCACAUUUUAAGAGAAAAGAAAUACAUAUUGUAUAUAAAAGACAA